AUGUCUUCGCCUACACAUUCCAACGAUGCUCAAGACAUAAGUUUUACAUCACUUACCGAUGGAUCACCCGUAAAUUGCGUGACAACUAGAAGAACUCGUGUUGACACGGAAGGUGGUCUUAAUCCAUUGUUAAAGGAACUACGUGAGUUCAAGGAGUCAAUGGUUAACAAAAUGGACAAAUGGUUCGCCAGACAGGAAAAUAUGAUAUCCAAGGUUGUAAAGGAAUUCAACGAAGUUAAGCAAACAAUGAAUCAAAUGUCAAAUUAUUUUGACGAACUAAACAACAAGACCACGGAAUGUCUCAACCGUCUAGCUGAAACAGAAAAGAAGGUAAAAAGUCUAGAAGAACACACUAAAACAAUAACUCAAUUGGAAGCGAAAAUUGAAUCAAUGGAGCAACAUUCACGUCAGUGCAAUGUAGAAAUUCAGAACGUACCUGAGAGACGUAACGAAAAUCUAAUAAAAAUAGUUGAACACAUCGGAACGUCUAUUAAGCAAAGCAUAAGUCCGAAUGAUAUAGUAUCUGUACACCGAGUGCCUCAUGCCGAUACAAAGAGCACACAUCCUAAAAGUAUUGUCGUAAAAUUAUGUUCCCGGAUUCUGCGUGACAAUAUACUGUCUGCUGCUCGAAUGAAGAAAGGUUUAUACACAGAUGACUUGCAUAUUAAUGGUAGGGAGGAGGGCGGCGGCGUGUUAGUGGCCGUGCGCCGCGAGCUGCGGCCCGUGCGCCGCGCGCUGCCGGGGCCCGUGCCUCCUAUUGUCGAUUGCGUCUCUGUUGAGGUACCGAGCGCGUCCCGAGAUCAGAACGUGUCGUCAUAUCUAAUACUACCGUAG